GGCCUAACCUACCCACGUCAACACUGUCAACUGUCAGUACCCAAAUGUUAUUGUUUAUUAUUAUUGUUAUUACUAAUAGUUAUUACCAUCCCUGUUAGAAAAUUGAAAAGAUAAAACAUAGAUCAUGGGUCGGAGAUAUUAUUGUGAUUAUUGCGAUAAAACUUUCAUUGAUGAUGUAGGAGCUAGAAAAAAACAUUUGCAGAGUUCUCAUCAUAUAAAGUUGAGAAAUUGGUAUUAUGAUGACUGCAGGGAUCCAAGCGUCAAAUUGAAAGAAGAAAUAACCAAAGCACCUUGUAGACGGUAUGAACAGAAUGGCACUUGUCAGUUUGCUGGCAAUUGUAAAUAUAGACAUUAUACACAAGAGGAGUUAGCGGAACUGGCCCAGCAAGUUGAAAUGGAAAAAGCCCUCAAACAAAAGGAAAGAGAAGAAGCACUAAAUAUACCUACUUUGGACAGUUGGAUGGAGAGAUACAGUGAAAAACACAUGAAUAAAACUGACAGCAAUAUUGUUAGGCCCUUUUGGACAUUUCCUACUACAUUGGAACGAAGAGCUGAUUUACCACCUUCUUUGAAAAAGUACCAGGAAAACGAUUUUCUCACAAGUGAAAUUCAGGAAUGGGGGUGAAACUGCAUCUGAAAUUGGUUCUGAAUAAAGUAUUCCAAUAAAA